UGUAGCUGCCGGCAGCCGGAAGUGAGCAGGCGAAAGCGCUGCCGGGUGAUGGCAGCUGAGAACGAGGCUGGGGAGGUGGGUGGCGGGCUUUGCCCAGGACUUGGGGAUAAAGGUGUCUGCGGCUAGACGUUUGGCCCACACUUACAGGCGAUGCCGGGGAGGGAGGCGCACGAACCGCGGGAUCCGGCAGCAGUGAGGGAAAUCGGCCCCGGCCGCCCCGCCUCUAGCCCGUCCUCUCCGCGGCAGGUGCCGGUGGGCAGCGCGGAGGAGGGGGAGCGGCCCCUCGCAGGGGUCGUGGUUCUGGCCGCCCAGAAGCGUGAACAGAGGCUGCGCAAGUUCCGGGAGCUGCACCUGAAGCGGAAUGAAGCUCGAAAGUUAAACCACCAGGAAGUUGUGGAGGAAGAUAAAAGACUUAAAUUACCUGCAAACUGGGAGGCUAAAAAAGCUCGUCUGGAAUGGGAGCUGCAGGAAGAAGAAAAGAAAAAAGAAUGUGCGGCAAGAGGGGAGGACUAUGAGAAAGUGAAGCUGCUGGAUAUCAGUGCAGAAGAUGCAGAAAGAUGGGAGAGGAAGAAGAGGAGGAAAAACCCCGACCUGGGGUUCUCAGAUUAUGCUGCCGCCCAGUUACGCCAGUAUCAUCGGCUGACCAAGCAGAUCAAACCUAACAUGGAAACUUACGAAAGACUGAGAGAAAAACAUGGAGAGGAGUUCUACCCAACAUCCAACAGUCUUCUUCAUGGAACCCAUGUGCCCUCCACAGAGGAAAUUGAUAGGAUGGUCAUAGACUUGGAAAAGCAAAUUGAAAAACGAGACAAGUAUAGCCGGAGACGUCCUUAUAAUGAUGAUGCAGAUAUUGACUACAUUAAUGAAAGGAAUGCCAAAUUCAACAAGAAAGCAGAAAGGUUCUAUGGGAAAUAUACAGCUGAAAUUAAACAGAAUUUAGAGAGGGGAACAGCAGUCUAAUCUCCUUUGGGAACUCUUUUGACUGCCAAAUUCUAACAGUAAACCGGGACUAUUACCUUUCCUUUUAUAACUUAAGUGUUCUAUGACUAUGUAUUUUCAUGCUUAUAUAUUAUUCACUCAUUUCAGAGACAAAAUCUUAUGUAUUUUUGUUCAGUGUGUGCAGUUCAUGUGUGUACCCUAGUGGGCUUAACACUACUAGCUACAAACAUAUGUCAUCAUCCUUACAUUUGUCAUGUUUGCCUUGAACUAGAGUUGAACUUGGGAGCUUCAGAGAUAGAAUGCUAAACUGGGACUAAUUUUUCUUGUACGCUAUGGUGGGUGGUGAGAGGAAGGGCAUAGUGGCUACUGGAAAUUCCCCCUGGCCCUCCCUCUCCAUAAGUAGUCACAAUUAACAGGUGCUAGCCUAUCCCAUGCUCUAGCCCAAGGCCCAGGUACAUUUAUGGGGCAGGCACAGAAAGUAGGAAAACUGAUCCUCUAAUGACAUUUUGUAUAUACACCAUUUUUAAAAGCAAAUUUCCCUCGGAAGAAAGUAAAUUAAAACAUUUGGUCAAAGUAUUAUUAAAACUUACAUAAUACAAACUUUU